CCGCGAGAUUCUCGCCCUGAGCAACGGCCUGAUGUCGGCGUAGGGAAGCAGGCCCAGGCUUGGUGAGGAGGCAAGGUGAGACGCUGAGGGAGGACUGAGGCGGGUCUCACCCCAGACAGAGGGCCCCAAAUAAUCCAGCACUGCCUCUACUGCCCGGCCUGGACCACUCUGCAGGGGAAGACUUCCAGGCUGGGUCGCCACCUCCUUACCCUGCCAACCCCCACCGGUAUAGCCACAGGGAACUCUAGAGACAGAGCUUAAUGUGGCCAGGGCAGGGCUGGUGAGAAGAGGUCAGGGCCCACACUGUGCCAGGAAUCAAGGUCAGGACACCGAGAAGGGACUGAGGGAAACCUAACCCCCACCCUCACCACCAUUCCUAUCCCCCAACACCAAGCCCACCUCCAUCACCCAUUCCCCAUUCCCAUCCCCACCCCCACCCACAUCCUGGCAGAAUACGGGCUUUGCCCCUGGUAUCAACUCAGGGAAGCUCCGGGAAUGGCACCAGGCACUCCUUCAGCCCUAGCAUGCACUGGCUGGCUGUACCCUGAGGAGCCCUCUCACUUCCUCCUUCAGGUUCUGAGGGGACAGGCUGACAAGGAGGACCAGAGGCCCCUGGAGGAGCACGGAAGGAGAAGAUCUGCCUGUGGGUCUCCAUUGCCCAGCUCCUGCCCACAUUCCCGCCUGCUGUCCUGACCAGAGUAAAUAUGUCUCUUGAGCAGAGGAGUCAGCACUGCAAGCCUGAAGAAGGCCUUGAGGCCCAAGGAGAUGCCCUGGGCCUGGUGGGUGCGCAGGCUCCUGCUACUGAGGAGCAGGAGACUGCCUCCACCUCUUCUACUGUAGUGGAAGUCACCCAGCGGGAGAUGCCUGCUGCUGAGUCACCGGGCCCUCCCCAGAGUCCUCAGGGAGCCUCCACCCUCCCCACUGCCAUCAACUACACUCUCUGGAGCCAAUCUGAUGAGGAAUCCAGCAACCAAGAAGAGGAGGGGCCAAGCGCCUUUCCUGACAUGGAGUCCGGCUUCCAAGCAGCACUCAGUAGGAAGGUGGCUGAGUUGGUUCAUUUUCUGCUUCUCAAGUAUCGAGCCAGGGAGCCAGUCACAAAGGCAGAAAUGCUGGAGAGUGUCGUCAGAAAUUGCCACUACUUCUUUCCUGUGAUCUUCAGCAAAGCAUCUGAUUGCUUGCAGCUGGUCUUUGGCAUCGAGCUGAUGGAAGUGGACCCAGUCGGCCACUUGUACAGCUUUGUCACCUGCCUGGGCCUCUCCUACGAUGGCCUGCUGGGCAACAAUCAGAUCAUGCCCAAGGCAGGCCUCCUGAUAAUCGUCCUGGCCAUAAUCGCAAAAGAGGGCGACAGUGCUCCUGAGGAGAAAAUCUGGGAGGAGCUGAAUGUAUUGGAGGUGUUUGACGAGAGGGAAGACAGUAUCUUUGCGGAUCCCAGGAAGCUGCUCACCCAAGAUUUCGUGCAGGAAAACUACCUGGAGUACCGGCAGGUGCCAGGCAGUGAUCCUGCAUGCUACGAGUUCCUGUGGGGUCCAAGGGCCCUCAAUGAAACCAGCUAUGUGAAAGUCCUGUACCAUAUGCUAAAGAUCACUGGAGGACCUCACUUUUCCUAUCCACCCCUGCAUGAAUGGGCUUUGAGAGAGGGGGAAGAGUGAGUCUGAGCACGCGGUGAAGCCAGGGCCAGUGGGAGGGGUCUGGGCCACUGCACCUUCCAGGGCCCCAUCCAUUAGCUUCCACUGCCUCGUGUGACAUGAGGCCCAUUCACUCUGAAGAGAGCAGUCAGCAUUCUUAGUAGUGGGUUUCUGUUCUAUUGGAUGACUUGAGAUUUAUCUUUGUUUCCUGUUGGAAUUGUUCAAAUGUUCCUUUUAACGGGUGGUUGAAUGAACUUCAGCAUCCAAAUUUGUGAAUGACAAUAGUCACACAUAGUGCUGUUUAUAUAGUUUAGGAGUAAGAGUCUUGUUUUUUAUUCAGAUUGGGAAAUCCAUUCCAUUUUGUGAAUUGUGAUAUAAUAACAGCAGUGGAAAAAGUAUUUGCUUAAAAUUGUGAGCGAAUUAGCAAUAACAUGCAAAAGAUAAACAACUCAAUACAUUAAAAGAUAGUUAAUUCUUGCCUUAUACCUCAGUCUUUUCUGUAAAAUCAAACAAAUAUGCAUACCUGGAUUUCCUUGGCUUCUUUGAGAAUGCAAGAGAAAUUAAAUCUGAAUAAAUAAUUCUUCCUGUUCA